GCAGGACUGGAUGUUCUUUCGGAUGUCAUAGAGUGAGCAGGCGCUAAUGCGGGUGAUCAACGCUCGGGCCAGUUCUGGGGAAGGAACGACAAAGUGACAGGAGAGGGAGGGAGAAGUUGCGAAGGCCAACGAUCAAACGACGAUUCAUUUCACUCUGCCACUCCAGUCCACCUUCCUUUUUCACGCCGCUAUUUCCUUCCGACCGCAAACCUUCGCUUGAACCAUCUUAUACCAACCAAUUCGACACGCCAUAAUAACCAAUUCCACAAGGCAAAGCGCGAAAGUCACGCCGUCAACAAGACCCAGGCGUGCGACACGUCAAAUCAUCAUCACUACCCACAACAAUGGCGCACCGCACUCCCACGCCCGAUAUAACCAUUUCGCGCAAUCGCCUACCCAACCUCUACGAAGUCUUGAGUCGCCAGACGAAGCCGCCGGUCGAUCUAUUUAGUUUCUACAUCUACAUGCGCGAUGCUCAACGCAGCGUCGACUACCUCGAUUUCUGGCUGGACGUAUCACAACACAUGUCGCUAUGCCGACACUACGUUCGUGGACUCCACCGCAGCGUGCUAGCAGAGACACCCGAGUUGGAGAAGGGCGGCAGCAAGCGUAGUUCGCAAGCUCUGGACCAAUACGAUGAUAGUGUCAUGGCCGGUCCCAGCGCCGACAAGGACGUUCGUGUCUCUGCCUUCUUGCGUGCCGACAACAAUGGCAGCAUGCACUCUCCGUCGCAAUCUCUUGGUAGCAACAACUUCGACCCCCAGCACACUCGCCGUUCCAUGGUCGAUAGUACUCAAGAAACCACUCCCUACACGCAGGAUCAAUCUCCUACCGGUACUACCGUUACGAGACACGACAUCCGCGCGAGUGCUGAGAAGAUUUUGUACACUUAUCUACUACAAGGCUCGGAGCGUGAGAUUAUCAUUCCCGUCGGCAUCCUUGAGCAAGUCACCGAUGCUAUCGAGAACGAGAACCGUGACGAUCCAGAGGUCUUUGACGCCGCGAAGGACUACGUCUUUCAAGCAAUGGAGCGCGAUGCUUUCCCCGGCUUCCUCAGAGCAAAGGCUUUGGGCAACAUAGUACAGCCUAGCAUGAUGCUACGAUUGGUCGUGGGUCUCGUUGCUCUAUUCGCCGCCAUCUGGACUGCCUUUGUACUCAUCUUCCUCGACAUGAGCAGAAGCACGAGAUGUUGGGUCAUCUUGCCCUUCACCAUCGCCAUUUACUUCCUUGUCUCCCACCAGUACAUGCUCGACCCCAUCCAAGCACUUCUGGGCUACUCCGAAUACACCUUUACCAAUUACUUCCAGGUCAAGGAACGUUUUGUCAAUCGCUUGUUGACACGCCGCGCUCUGAUGUGCCUGAUGUGGAUCGCCAUUAUCGACGCUGCCGUGUGCUGUCUUUUCAUCUUCGUUCCCGGCAAGAGACUGUGAACGAAUACGGAUACGAAGAGCCCAUCGCUUGACGUGAUGGAUGAUUUCAUUGAGUCUUCUAUCCUCUCUCCGCCGCCGACCAUCUUUCACGCCUUUCCACAUCACCCCAUCACUCUUCUUCAUUGUCAUUAUUUCUGUCUAUUCUUCUUUCCAUACCCCUUUUUUUUACUCGAUACCACUCUUCUUCUUUUCUUUCUCUGCAGGCGCGGCGUUUUAACGUCAAGAGGUCGGAGUUGAACAAUGGUCGUCCAUAUUUUCAGUUCGUUUCGCUUGUCCUAGGAAUUGAAAAUUGGUUAAUGUCUUUAUUUCUUCUUUCUGAGUUGUGCAAUGAAUGACGCAUACCCAGCAAC